UAUAAAUAGACAUUGACCGUUUCAAUCUUUGCAAUUCCAUUACGUCUUUUUUCGUGUAUAUUUAUUUUAGCUUUUUUUUUAAGCUUCAAAGUUUCCCUUCCUCUUUCCUAAAACCUACCUUCUCCCAAACACUAGGUCAAGUUUUCGCUUUAAAAGAGACGCAUUUACGCCUUUUGCAGAAAGCACCUAAACGAUUUUUAACAGAAUUGUUUCUUUUUGAAUUCGUGUUUGUUUCUCUAAUAACGAAAAAUUGGUACCAUGGCUUCUCGGACGAACGUUGUCGGUAUCGACUUGGGAAACAGCAAGACCACUAUUGCUGUUGCCCGCAAUCGCGCUAUUGAUGUGAUUGUUAAUGAGGUUUCUAACCGUUCCACCCCCUCUCUUGUCUCUUUCGGCGAGCGCUCCCGUUUCCUCGGUGAGGCUGCUAAAUCUCAAGAGGCUUCCAACUUCCGCAACACCGUCGGUAGUUUGAAGCGUUUGGCUGGUCGCAAGUUCAACGACCCUGAAGUCCAAGAGAUCGAGAGCAAGUUCAUUACUGCUCCUCUCGUCGAGGUCGAUGGCUUGGUCGGUGCCAAGGUCAACUACUUGGGUGAGGAGGCCGCUUUCUCUUCCACUCAAAUCAUCGCCGCCUAUUUGACCAAGAUUAAGACCACCACUGAAGCCGAGCUCAAGGGCCCCGUCAGUGAUGUCGUUAUCUCGGUUCCUGCCUGGUUCACUAACGUUCAACGCCAAGCCGUCCUUGAUGCUGCUCACAUUGCCGGAUUGAACCCUCUUCGUUUGAUGAACGACAAUGCUGCUGCCGCUCUUACUUACGGUAUCACCAAGAACGACCUCCCUGAGCCCGAAAACCCCAGAAAGGUUGCUAUCGUCGACAUUGGUCACUCCAACUACUCUGUCUCCAUUGUCGCUUUCAGCCAAGGCCAAUUCCACAUCAAGUCCACCGUUUGUGACCGCCAUUUUGGCAGCCGUAACAUGGACAAGGCUUUGAUUGACCACUUCGCUGCUGAGUUCAAGGGCAAGUACAAGAUUGAUGUUCUGUCCAACCCCAAGGCUACUUUCCGUUUGGCUACUGCUGUUGAGCGUCUUAAGAAGGUCCUUUCUGCCAACGCAUCUGCCCCCUUGAACGUUGAGAUGAUCAUGAACGACAUCGAUGCCUCUUCUUUCAUUAAGCGUGAGGACUUUGAAAAGCUCAUCGAGCCCCUUUUGAACCGCGUUCAUCUUCCUUUGGAGCAGGCUCUCAAGGAGGCCGGUGUCACCAAGGAGGAGAUCGACAGCAUCGAGGUUGUUGGUGGCUGCACUCGUGUCCCCUCUUUGAAGGAGAAGAUCUCUGAAUUCUUCGGAAAGCCCUUGUCUUUCACUUUGAACCAAGACGAGGCCAUCGCCCGUGGAUGUGCUCUUUCUUGUGCCAUUCUCUCUCCCGUUUUCCGUGUGCGUGACUUCCACGUUCACGAUAUCACUACCUACCCCAUUACCUUCUCUUGGGAGGCCGUGCCCGAAAACCCAGAUGAGGAAACUUCCUUGGAGGUUUUCUCUCUCAACAACCCCAUUCCUUCUACGAAGAUUCUUACCUUCUACCGCAAGGCUCCCUUCACUGUUACUGCUACCUACAGCCACCCUGAGCAAUUGCCCGGCAACAUCACCGCUGAGCUCGGCAAGUUUGAGAUUGGCGAUGUCAAGCCCACUGAGUCCGGUGACUUGUCUAUCGUGAAGGUCAAGGUUCGCUUGAACCUUCAUGGUAUUCUCCAAGUUGAGCAAGCCUAUGUUGUUGAGGAGCAAGAGGUCGAGGAGCCCGUUGAGCCUGCUCCCACCGCUGAGGGUGAGGAGAAGAAGGAUGAGCCCGUUAAGACUCGCAAGGUCAAGAAGCUCGUCAAGGUUGCCGACCUCCCCAUCAAGGCAGUUACUGAAACUCUUCCUGCUGAGGUUUUCAACAAGUACUUGGAGGCUGAGGGCAACAUGAUUGAGACGGACAAGCUUGUCGCUGAGACUUUGGACCGCAAGAACGCUUUGGAGGAGUACAUCUAUGACACUCGUGCUAAGUUGGACGACAUCUACGCUCCCUUUGCCAGCGAGGAUGAGAAGACCAAGCUCAAGGGCAUGCUUAUGGAUGCCGAGGACUGGUUGUACGAUGAGGGUGAGGACACUACCAAGGCUGUUUACAUUGCCAAGCUUGAGGAUCUCAUGAGAAUUGGUGGCCCCAUUCGCCAACGCUACCUCGAUGAUGAGGAAGCCAAGCGUCAAAAGAUCCAGGCUGAGCGCGAGGCCGCCAUGGCCAAGCUCAAGGCUCAAGCUGAUGCAAAGAAGAAGAAGGAGGAUGCUGCUCGUGCUAAGGCCCCUACUGGCAAGUUUGAGGAAGGCACUGGCGGCCGUGCCCCUCCUCCUCCCCCUCCUCAAGAGGAAACUAUUGAGGAUCAAGAAAUGACCAACGCUGACGAGACUCAGUAAACGGGUUCCCGCCACUCCGCGGUAUAGAGGAACUGCGUUGAUCGAAAUGUCUCUGUCAUGCGCGAGUCUUGUGACUUUUAUUUCUUGUUAAAAAAUACUGCUCAAUUAUUCUUCAUUCUUAUUUUGCUAACGGUUUUGCUGCGCUUGUGUCAUUAAGGGUUUUUAGGCAGCUGCGCACGCGUACGUUUGAAUGGUUUCUGAGCUCGGAGAGAGAUCUAUGGGCGCAUCGACAUUGCCAUUUGUGUAUGGAUAUUGUUUCUAGAUAUUAAUGGAACUUA